UCGCGAGCAUAUCACCGAAUCUAUACGAACCGCAGCCAUGGCAGGAAUCAAAACCAUCAUCGGACUAUCCUUCGUUUUGGCGAUAGGCUUCCUGCUCGUUAUUCUCUCCGCCGCGCUCUUCAAGAGCUAUCUCACUCUCCUCGUCGUCGCAACCUACGUCGUCGCGCCUUUGCCGAACUGGAUAUGCGGUCGCGCAGCAAACCCGGAUGAUUUCAUGGAGAGCUCCGGAUCUGGCGUGAUUGACUUUGGACGCUUCUUGACCGGUUUCUUCGUCGUUAUGGGAAUUGCCCUCCCCUCCCUUCUUUGGCACUCCGCGGCCAUUGCUGGAGGUGCUGCUGCCAUGUCCAUUGUUGGCGGUCUUUUGAUUUACGGAACCAUCAUGAGUUUCACUUUGUUCUUCCAGGAGGAGCAAGAGUUCUGACUGCAAGGCCGGGAUGAGGCAUAGAUGACGAGGAAGAGAUUUGAUGUUGUAUCGCAUGUGAGGAUGUUGUAUUUUAGCGGGAUCCGCGAGAGUCGUACGGGCCUCUGGGGUGCGCAGUAAUACCCGAGAUCGGAGGCUUUUCAGGUUCAGGUACAUUGUUCCUUUUCUUUCGAAUAUCAAGCGCUUUUGUACAAUCAUGUUGGAUAUAUUGCAUUCUGGGCAUCUGGUUUUCAUGACAUAAUUCGCAUG